AAUAAUAUGCUUAAUAUGCUAUAUUAUUAUGCUGUAAAAUGUAAAUAUUAUACCGAUUUGUCGUAGUUUUGUAUUUUUGUCAUGUAAGCAUCUUGGUUUUUCCGUUUUUAUUCGUUUUACUUCUCGAAUUCUUGUAAGCCUGUUGUAACUUAUAACUUUUCUACUCUUCGUAUCAGCUGCUGGCUGCUGCAUCUCCAUCAUAGUUUAAAGAAUUGUACGAUCUUCAUAUUUCUGUAAUUCUGUCGUAAUCGUUCAGUGACACUCACACACCAUAGUAGUAUACUUUUACCAGUGUACUGUAAUACUGUAUAGUGAGUAGUGACCAGACCAGUGGCAGUGUUCAGUGUUUUUCUUCACUAUUCUUGUCUAUGGUUCAGUGUUCGCCCUAAACUCUUCACCACGACCAUCCGGAAUGGACAGGAGAUAAUCUAUUAAAAUCUAUAUUUUCAUUGUCUUGUCUACGCGUUCAAUACAUCAUACAUAGUACCACCAUAGUGCAUAUUAAUAAUUUUUGGUUAAAAUAAAAACAAAAACACAUACCCAAACAUGUCUGACGAUUUUAUUACAUUUAACAUUCGCUUUAAAAAAUCACUAUUUGAACUUAAAAUAAAAACUCCUGGAGAUGUAUCUGGAUUUAUUGAAAAACUGAAAAAUGAAUUAAAAUUAGAGGAAACAGACGAUUUAGUGAUAUUGUGUCCAACACCUGACGGAAAGAUGAUGGAAAUCCAUUCAGAUGAUGAUAUUGAGUUUUUAAAGAAAACAAAACUUGCCUAUAAUGCUGUAACGAAAGAAAUUUAUUGCAAUGUAGAACUUGUGGUAACUGUAAUUCAUGAACUGCCAGAUGACACAAAAGCUCAAUUUGUGAUGUUAUCAAAUAAAAUUGACAAAUUAGCAUCUAAAAUUGAUGGAUUAUCCGAUGACUUUACCAAAAAAAUUGAUGAAAAUAAAACCAGUACUUUUUCAAGUAUUAGGUCGAUUUUGGCCGAACACUUAGACAUAGGUUCUGGAAACAAAUCCAAGAAUAAUUCCUUAGGCGAAGAAGACCUAGACAUAAAGUCCAACCUUAGUCUGCGCCAAAAAAAAAUCAAGAAGGACAAGGAAAAGUUGUCAUCAACUGCAGGAACUAAUGAUAACUCAUCAACCACAUCUGAAAACUUAAAAUUGGAUGCACCCACAACUGCUCCACGUCUCAUACCCAAAGAUAUUGAUGUUUUAUUAGAGAUGUUAGUAGCAGAUGGGUAUACCAACACUAUACAGAAUAUUAUAGUAUUGAAGAGAUUUGAUAACAAUUAUGAAAAAGCCAAAAAUUAUUUAAUGUCAUCUGCUACAUAAGAUCAAUUAUUAUAAUUGUUGUUAAAAUUUAAAUUCUAUUCCUAAGAAGUUUUAUUAUUUAAUAAUCAUAAUUCACAUUAUACUUAAAAGUUAUUAAAUUUUUUUUUUUUGCUUAUAUACUGUACAGGGAAAGUUUAAAUAAUAUAAUUUUUAAUAACUGGCUCAUAAAUAUGUUUUUUAAAUCUAUACUUUUUAGAGGAUGGUACAUAGUUGACAGUUGUUUUGUGAUACAGCUGCUCAAUUUCCUAUAUACACAUUUGAGGACCUGACGUCAGAUGAUUGUUGUCAUUUUGUCUAUAUUCAAUAAUAAUAAUUAUUAAUAUUUAAUUA